ACCUCACGUUUGCGUACUAUACGAACUCCAACGGAAACUCAAUUAGCAAUCAAUCACAAGUCAUGUCGCCUCUCAUCCGUGCCGUUGCUCGCUCCUCAAGGGCGUUCGCCGUCGCUGUUAGGCCAGCGAUGGCUACCAGGGCCUUCUCUGUCGCCGCCGUCACACGUCAAGCUACCCCAGCAACGAAGGACUCCGCCGAAGAUACUCUUGUUGGUUUCCGUGAGGAGGGCCAGAUCCCCACCAACCACGAAUUGAUGACUGGUAACGAGCGUUACGAAUACUUGGCUCGCUUAGCUGGAAAGGAGCCUUGGGAAGAAAUGCAACCCAUCUACCUCACUGCUCGUGGAACACCCUCCAACCCUAUUGUCAUCAAGGGUGCUGACCCAGAACGAUACAUUGCUUGCACCGGAUUCCCCGCUGACUCCCACGAAGCCAUCUGGUUGACGAUUCGCGACUAUGGCAAGAAGAAGUUCGACCGAUGCCCUCAUUGCGGAAACGUUUUCAAAUACAACCAGGAUCAUAGCCACGACCACCACCACUAAGUGCGGUACUGGUGCAACAUCUACCCCGCCAGACCGUGAGGAGAAUAUAUAUAGAGUCCUCUGCUCGCGUUAAACGAAAUUUGCCUACAUUACAAUAUAUCCAGAAACCAUUUAUGUUUGCAC